AUGUCUUGGUCCCAGAAGAUUUUUACCCUCCCCUCCCGCAGCCGUGGCUCCUACCUUAUCACCGACCAUGUCCUCCAGGAGGUUCCCGAGAUCCGCGACUACAAAGUUGGCAUGCUGAAUCUGUUUGUGCAACACACUAGCUGUGCGCUUUCGCUAAACGAGAACUGGGAUGACGAUGUUCGCGCCGAUAUGAGCGAUGCGCUAGACCGGAUUGCGCCUAUGGAUAAAAAGGGAAAUCUGUAUCGUCAUUCUGCCGAGGGCGAGGAUGACAUGCCGGCUCACAUCAAAUCUGCGCUCAUCGGCGCGUCGGUCAAUAUCCCCAUCACCAACGGUCGCUUGGCUACCGGAACAUGGCAAGGCAUUUGGUACCUGGAGUUCCGGACCAGUCGACACAGUCGCAAGGUUGUCGCGACGAUCCAGGGACAGAAGGCUGGAACGGGAUGGAGCUGA